AUGGCAGAUGGGGCGCAGGCCAACCACAAAGGGUUCAGGAAGAAGGUGCUGGUUAGACAGCCCUCUGGGCGGAGGGGCCCAAGCCCUGCGGCCGCUUCUCCUCCGAGAACCUCCAGGUCCGGCCUGGGCAUGAAGAAGUUCCUGACCAUCAGCAUCCUGGCCAGCAGCGUUUUGUCCACUGCCCACGGCAGCCUGCUGAACCUCAAGUCCAUGGUGGAAACCAUCACGGGCAGAAACGCCAUCCUGUCCUUCGUGGGCUACGGCUGCUACUGUGGGCUGGGCGGCCGCGGGCAGCCCAUGGACGAGGUGGACUGGUGCUGCCACGCCCACGACUGCUGCUACCAGAAGGUCUUUGACCAAGGCUGCCGGCCCUACGUGGACCACUACGACUACACCAUCGAGAACAGCACUGAGAUCCUGUGCAGCGAGCUCAACGAGACCGAGUGUGACAAGCAGACGUGCGAGUGUGACAAGAGCGUGGUUCUGUGCCUGCAGAAGCAGAUCUACAGGGAUCAGUACCGCGGCUACCUCAACAUCUACUGCCAGGGCCGCACACCCAGCUGCAGCAUCUAUGACCCGCCGCCUGAGGAGGUGGCCUGCGGGCUGGGCUUCCUGCCCACCCCUGCCCUGCCCUAG